GAACGAGCUCCCCGUUCAUCGUAAUAAUUCCACUAUUGACCGUUCGUUUAGCGCAAGCUCCUCCCUCGCCGCACCAACGUAAACUAUCUUUUCUUUUUCUGCCAAAGGAAUAAAACAAAAAACGGAAGUAAGCUAAAAUCUCUCAGUGUAGCUCACGGACAGCCAGCCAUGUCGGAUGCCGAGCGCAGUAUCGCCUCAGCGCGCGUGCUGAGCUACAACUUUAACAUCCUUCCUCGCGGUAGCGGUGGCUACCAGCACGAGCGCAUCGAGGCGUUUCUGGCAAAUGUCGACGCCUACGACGUGCUGCUGCUGCAGGAGGUGUACGCGAUGAGCUACCUGCCCUACGCUCUCCAGAAGCAGUUCUGCUACCAAAAAAUGCUGCUUGACGGGCUCAAGGAAAAAGGCUUCCACUACUACGUCAUCUCGCGCCAGCCGUCGUACCGCACCAUCCUGCAGUACAACGUGUGCUCGGACAACGGCCUCAUCAUCGCCUCGCGCUUCCCGAUCUGGCACCGCGGCUCCUACACCUUCCGCAGCCACGAGCGCCGGGAGGCAACUGUGAGCAAAGGCUGCCUCUUUGCGGAGAUCGAGCUGCCGGCGGCGAAUGGCCAGGGCAACCAGCGUGUGGUGGUCUUCAACGUGCAUCUGCGCCCGGAGGACAACUUGCCGCCGGAGUCGUCGCAGAUACAGCAGGUGCACCGUUUCGUGCGAGCGGCGCUGGCGCAGGUCAACGGCCACUGCCCCAGCUCGCCUGUCGGCACGGUGGCGCAGCAGCCCGACGGCGGCGACGUGCCUUUUAUCAUCUCCGGCGACUUCAACAUUUACGGCAUCGACACAACGACUGGGCACACCUCAAAAAACUUCCAGGACUUGCUGAGUCAGUUUCAGAGCCUGGGGACGGUGCGGGAUGUGAUUUACGAGGCGCAGGGCCAGAACCCGCCCACGCGCCCGGCGAGUUUGUACUUCCCGAAGCUGUCGAAGCUGGAGCGCUUUGAGGCGAUACCGCAGCGGCAAGAUUACUUCUUUGUCAACGCAGCCGUGCAGGUCGACCACCCCCACCUGGAGAAGUUCAUGAUGGGCAGCCGGCGGCCCUACACGUACCUGUCCGACCACUUCGGCACUACCUGCCGCAUAACGGUGGCGGUGGACCCGAACCAGGUGAUGGCAGAGCGCUCUCCCUCCCGGCUGAACGUCUCGAGCUUGGUUGAGGCCGCCAAUCACGAACACUCCAACCCCACCUCGAACAGGCGUCUGGAGGCGCUACUCUUGGCGGUGGCGGCGUGGCUGAUUUUCACCAUCAGCUUCAAGUCGUUUGUUCUCUGUGUCUUCCUGGUCUGGGUGGUGAUGUACUCCUCGCAGCGCUACACCUCGGUGCCGGUCACCGGUGAACCACCGCUGGUGUCGCUGGAGGCGCUGAAAGAGACCGAGGAGCUGUGCAUGUCCAACAAGGCACUCAACCCGCUGGCGGGCGUGCAAACCCUCGGCGAAAUGUGGGAGCGCAGCGUGGCGCGGUUUCGCACCUUUAAGUGCCUCGGCGCCACCAGCGAGCUGGGCGAGCCGGAGUGGAUGUCGUACGGUGCGGUGGACACACGAGCGAGGGAGCUCGGGGCGGGCCUGCUGGAGAUGGGCUUCCGCGCCGGCGACCUCAUCGGUGUGGAAUGCGAGCCGAGCCGCAACGCCGUCAUCCUUGAAGUGGCCUGCGCGCUCUACGGCUUUACGACGGUGCCGCUGGCCGGCAAGCGGAGCACCAUGCGAACCCUUCUCGACCAGAACAAGAUUCGCGCUGCGGUGGCGGAUCGCAGCGCUGUGGCGAUGCUGCUCUCCUGCCGCUCGACGAAGCUGGAGACGGUCAUCUACACGAACGCCUUCGCCGAUGAGGAUGACCACAUGACAGCAAAGGACUUGAACAUCGCUUUCUUCCCGUUUGAGUACGUGGAGCAGCAGGGCCGCCUUCACCCGGUGCCCCCGAACACGGAAAACGUGACGACCGACUCGGUGCUGACCUACGUGAUGGAGAACACAAACAUCGCGUCGUGCAGCGACAGCAGCGCGCUGCUGCCGGUCCGCCACUUCGCCGUACUCCAUGAUCUGAGUGUGCUGCUCAUGACUGGCGUGCUGCCGUCCUCCUACAAGCAGGAAUCAAUGGUGUGGUUCAGCCCCAUGGCCUCGCUCUUCCAGCGCAUCUGCGUGAUGGGCAUGCUAAGUCAAGGCAACGCCAUCGCUACAACCGGCGCGGCCCAUCUGCAAGAGACCUUCGUCAAGUUCCACCCGACCCUCCUCGUCACGUCCCCGGCGCUCUUCCACACGAGCCGCUUGCAGCUGAGCCGUGCGCGACGACGGUACGGCGCGGUGUACAACUGGAUGUUCAACGCCGUCUACCAGCUCAUCUCUCGCCGCAUUCAUAUUAAUCGGCAGGACAGCGCCGCUCUGCGCUUCCUGUUCUUCCGCGCCUUCCAGCGGCAGCUCGGCGGGUCGGUCCGCAAGAUCAUCCUCAGCGUUUCGCAGGAGAGCACGAGCUUUAGCCUGCUGGAGCACAUCGGCGUGUGCUACGUGCCGUCCGUGUGCGAGGUCAGCUAUCAGAACUGCGUAGGUGUCACGACCAUUGAUGGCUCGCCUGCGCCGUCGCUGGCGCUCAACUUAAAGCCGCUGAGCGCGCUGUCGGACAGCGCCGGCAUCGGGCAGGUUGUGGUGACGAGGAAGGGCGAGCCGGCGCUGGAGCUGCAGAUUGCAGCGCAGCGGAAGCGUGACAACACCUUCACCUUUCUCGGCGCCCCGCUGGGAGUGCUGUGGCCGGUGAACUUCCAGUACGCCGUCGCCGUGGAGCUGGAGCACACCUUUGCCGUCUCGCGCUACGUCAACACCAUCUUUGUGUACUGCGACCCACUGAAGCCGGUGAUCGCCGUCGUGUGCCCCAACCGUGACACGAUUGGGUUUGAGUGGUACCAGGCUCACCCGGUAGAGGACACGGCGAAGCCGGUAAGCUGGGCGGAGCUGGUGAACUUUGGCAGCCAGCUGAUCAUGGAGGACUUCGUCAGCAUCGCGAAAGAGGAGAAGCUGCAUCCCUCGCAGAUCCCCCAGUUCGUCCACCUGCACCCGCACGCAUUCAGCGACCACGGCACUUUUCUCACGCCCUUCGGCAAAAUCCGCCGCGAUGUCAUGCACAGCUACUUCGCUUCUGUCUUUGAGAGACUGUACGCCGGCGCGUCUACCUCGCCCCUCGCCUCCAGCGCCGACCUGCCGAUGGAGAUGAGCGACGCGGACAGCACGACGUCGAAGCUCGACGGCGCGAGCGAGUUCGACCUCUGCGUGCCGGCCACCGUCGACAUCGGCGGCACCUUUGCCAAGGUGGCCUUCCUCAUGCCGCCCACCGCGAGCGGCAUCACGCCUUUCUCGUCUGCGAUCCAGGAGGCCUCUUCCCUUUCCGAGAAGGUGGGCCUCCGGACCUUCCAGUACUUCGCCGACCCCGAGGCGGCGGAGAAGGAGCUGCGGCUGAACCCGCACUCGCGCGUGGGCACGCUGUGCUUCAUGAAGAUCCCGUCGCAGCAAAUCCCGCGCUUUGCCGAGCACCUGGCGAGCACGCACGCCCUCACCGCCUUCAAGCCGGAGUACAUGAAGAAGUUGCGGGCCACGGGUGGCGGCGCCUUCAAGUACUCUCAGCUGGCGCAGAACGAGCUGGGCGUGGAGUUCGACGUGGUGAAGGAAAUCGCCGCCGUGGUGAAGGGGCUCAACUUGGUUCUGCGCAUUGCUCCAGAGUCCGUCUUCACGGUGGACCCGUUGACGGGCGUCCACCACCCCCACAAGCUUGUCAGCACCGGCGACACCUUCUCUCCCUUCCCGUACAUGCUCUACAACAUCGGCUCGGGUAUUUCCUUCAUCAAGUGCCUGAGUGCCGACGGUGCGCACACUCGUGUGGGCGGGUCACCGAUUGGCGGGGCCACCUUCUGGGGCCUUGUGCGCACCAUGACGAACCUCACCUCGUGGGAGGAGGUGAUGGAGAUUAUGCGGCUGGACGGCCCGGGCGACAACAGAAACGUCGACCUCCUCGUCGGUGACAUCUACGGCUACAACGCGAAGGACUUCCCCGAGAUGCUGUCCGCGGAGAUGGUGGGCAGCACCUUUGGCAAGCUCGGCACGGAGCGCUUCUACGACAUGCACCGCGUUAGCCACACCGACCACUUCGCGGACGACGACGCCACGAGCAAAAUCCUCUCCCCUUUGGCGAGCAAAGCGGCCGCGUCGGACUUUAUGUCGCCGGUGGUACGCAACGGCACCAGGGCCGCCUCGGCCAUCGAUAUUGUGCGGUCUAUGCUCAACAUGAUCGCGAGUAACGUCACCCAACUGGCGUACCUGCACGCGAAGGUGCACGGCGUGAAGAACAUCUUCUUUGCCGGCGGUUUUGUGCGCGACAAUCCGAUGCUUUGGAGCCUGAUCAGCUCCGCGAUGAAGUACUGGUCCUCGGGCGACUGCCACGCCCACUUCCUUGAACACGACGGCUACCUCAGUGCGCUCGGGUGCGCGAUGCUGGACCAGCAGGACCCCAUAAAGAAAUGA